UUUGAAUUGACUCGUCAUACAACAAAUUUAAUAUCUGACUGUGUAUUUUUAUAUCGAACUUUGCCGGUACUUCUGAAUGCCGAUAAAGAAUUAUAACCUACAAAUUGCAAGUUUGAACUGCUUCCCAUUGCAUUCGUUUAUUUCAAAAAAGCAACCUGGAAUCGACCAUGAGCAUCGGUAUCGGUAACGUUCAGGGCUCCCUGCGGGAGGCACUGUACGAGACCCUUAAUGGGAUACUGUCGCCUCACAGGGAGACGAGACAGGCAGCUGAGCAGCGAAUUCAAGCCCUGGAAGUUACAGAAGAAUUCGGUAUACAUUUGACAGAGUUUGUCGUAGAUCCGAAUGGUGAAUUAGCCAUAAGACAAUUGGCUUCUGUGAUCUUGAAACAGUAUGUCGAAACGCACUGGUGUUCUCUGGCAGAGAAGUUCAGGCCACCGGAAAUCAAGUCACAAACUAAGGAGAAAAUCAAGGAACUGUUACCUCUUGGACUAAGAGAGUCUAUCAGCAAGGUGAGGACAGCCGUUGCCUAUGCAAUAUCUGCCAUUGCGCACUGGGAUUGGCCAGAAAACUGGCCUGGUCUUUUUGAUAUACUCGUGAACUGCCUCAGCGGAGACAGCGAGUUCGCAGUUCAUGGAGCGAUGCGGGUUUUAACAGAGUUUACUCGUGAUCUCACAGACACUCAGCUGCCAAAUGUCGGCCCCGUUAUCCUGCAGGAGAUGUACAGAAUAUUCCAAGGGGAAAAUCAAUACUCUGUGAGGAUUCGUGGCCGAGCUGUUGAAAUUUUCACAACCAUUGGUACACUGAUUGCGGCUACGGAUGUUUAUCAAAAAGGCUUCACUCAGCAGUAUCUUCAGCCAGUCAUUCCGAUGUUCUGUGAAAAAUUUAUACAGAGUUUAAGGGUCCAAAAUGGUUUGACGAGCGACAACGGGCUGAAGACUGACAUUGUGAAGGCUAUUUAUAUGCUAGUAACAAGAAUGCCCAAAUACGUUUCAAACUUUUUGCCUCAAAUGCUGCCACCGAUUUGGGAGACUUUAUUGGACAGUGCAAAAGUUUAUCAAGAAGAAACCGUUAACGGUGGUCGAGAUAUCGAAAGCCAGGAUGUCGACUCUGAUGGGGAGAUAAUCAAUUUUAAUAAUCUAGUUAUCGCUAUUUUCGAUUUUAUUCACACUCUGGUCGACUACCACAGGUUCUCAAGUCUUGUCGACAAUCUGCUACCCCAACUACUCUACUAUUUAAUAAUUUUUAUGGAAAUAACUGACGAACAAAUUGAACUUUGGACCAACAAUCCCAGCCAGUUUGUGGAAGAGGAGGAACAGUAUGCUUUCGCUUACAGCGUUCGUAUAUCGGCACAAGAUCUUCUACUUGUGAUUGUCAAUCACUCGGAAGAAGUAGCCGCCAAUGCAUUAUGCGAUGUCAUAACGAAGCAAAUAGAGGCAGGAAAUGCAAUGCGAGUAAGCGGAAACGAAAGGGUGGCCCAGAACUGGUGGAAACUACACGAAGCUUCGAUCCUAGCAUUUUUUCUUACAAAAGACACUAUUGUUGAACAGCAACAGGCGGGAAUCCUGCGAUUUGACAUUGUAGCAUUUCUCGAGAACGUCGUACUGGCUGAUCUAAAUAAUUCUGCUUCCCAUCCGCUGUUACUGGGUCGAUGUUUAUGUCUCGGCGGACGAUACGCUCAACAAAUGCCACCGGAAAUGACGUCGCGUUUUCUAGAAGCCACCGUGAAUGGAUUGCAAGAAAAUCAGCCGGCGUGUAUCAGAAUCAGUGCCGUGAAAGCCGCCUAUUGGUUUUGCGACGCUUUCAUCAAGGGCAACAACGGCAACCAGAACAUCCUUCGAUCCCACUUGCCGGCUCUUUUUCAAGGCUUGUUUAAUCUGGCAAGUCAGAUGUCCGCAGAGGUCCUCACCAUCGUUUUGGAGAGCUUUGCCAUUUUGGUUUCGAUUGACCAAGCCUUCACCGCCUCAGUGGAGAACAAAAUAUGUCCGCUAACUAUAGCGGCUUUUCUCAAAUUUCACAGCGACCGCGUUGUGCUUGGAGUCUGUCAGGAAAUAUUCAGAGAAUUGACAUUGAACCCCGAAUGUAUCGGGCCGCUACAAACGCGGCUCGUACCAACGCUCGUCAGUAUGAUGAAUGUCAGUCAGAUUGACAAAUCUAAAGAUGAGGGAAUUCGCAGCAUCGCCCUUGACGUUCUUCAAGUCCUCGUUCAGCACUCACCUCAGCCGCUCAGCAACGCUUUGAUAGAGAGCGCGUUUCCUGCCUCCUGUCACUGCGUUCUUAGUUCCGAUGACAACGCGACCUUGCAGAGUGGCGGCGAAGUCAUCAGAACAUAUCUAUCGGUGGCUGCGCAACAAGUCAUUAGCCACAGGGACAGCGAUGGACAGACCGGGCUGCAUUACAUUUUGCAAAUAGUGGCACAGCUGCUAAAUCCUCAGUCCAGCGAAUUCACGGCAACAUUUGUCGGCAAGUUGGUUACAACGUUGAUAAGAAAAGCUGGAAAUACUUUGGGCGAGAAUAUAGAUCUUCUUCUCAAGGCAGUGUUGAGCAAAAUGCAGCGUGCUGAGACCUUGACGGUUGUACAGAGUCUGUUAAUGGUCUACGCACAUCUCAUUAACACCGAGUUUGACGCUGUUCUUAACUUUUUGUCCACUGUGCCCGGGCCAACGGGACAGAGUGCUCUGGCAUUUGUUAUGUCCGAAUGGGUAUGCAGACAGCAUUUGUUCUUUGGCAAUUACGAUCGCAAAACUGCGACCUUGGCACUAUGCAAAAUUCUCGAACAUGGCGUCACCCACGACGACACACGACUCAACGAAAUCACCGUAAAAGGGGAUCAAAUAUUCGCAGGGACGGAGGACGGAGUUAGGACAAGAAGCAAAGCUCAAUCACAACCCUAUCAAUGGACGACGAUACCUCUCCUGGUAAAAAUUUUUAAAGUCAUUAUCACUGAAUUAUCAAACGACAUGGAGGCUGUCUGCGCUACCCAAGGCAUAGACAAAUCUGACGAGGAUGAGGACGAAGAUGAUCAAGAAGAGCUUCUGGAUCCUGGAAACGAAGUGAAUUUGUUACAAAUCAAUGCCGAAGAUGACGACGACGAAGACGAGGAUCCGGAAUUGAAGAACGACCCGGUUUACCAUCUUAACUUGAGCCAGUACCUGCGCGAUUUCCUGUUGAAUUUUUCGACGCAUCACUGUUUUCCGGCCUUUUAUCAACAUCUUAAUGUGCUGGAGCGAAGAGCGUUGACGAGCAUGAACAUUAGUCCCAUAUUCUCUUAGCUGUAAUAAAAGUUAAAACCCGGUGACAUUAUGCAUUAGAAGAAAGAUUUCCAGAUCGGCACAUACGCGCAUCGCUGACGUUCUAUAACGCUGCUGUAUAUUUUAGCCUGUAAUAUGCGAUUCAGUAUAAUCCAUGUAAAAUGUAAAGAAGUAUUUGAGCGGGCUCCUUUACGUCCAUACG